GAUGGCUGUCCUCUCUAAGGAAUACGGUUUCGUGAUUCUGACGGGUGCUGCCAGCUUCAUCCUGGUGGGGCACCUAGCCGUCAACGUUGCCAAGGCCCGCAAGAAGUACAAAGUGGAGUAUCCUACCAUGUACAGCACGGACCCAGAAAACGGACACCUCUUCAACUGCAUUCAGCGCGCCCACCAGAACACGCUGGAAAUGUAUCCUCCCUUCUUAUUUUUUCUAGCUGUUGGAGGUGUUUACCACCCGCGUAUAGUUUCUGGCUUGGGCUUGGCCUGGAUUGUCGGACGAGUUCUUUAUGCUUAUGGCUAUUACACAGGAGAACCCAGCAAGCGGAACCGGGGAGCCCUAGGCUCCAUUGCCCUCAUCGGCCUGAUGGGCACAACUGUGUGCUCUGCCUUCCAGCAUCUUGGUUGGAUUAAAACUGGCCUGGAGAGCGGGUCCAAGUGCUGCCAUUGAAGAAUUAUAGGGUAUUUAAAAUCUCUCAUUCGUUCUGAGUGACUUACUUUCAUUUCCAGUUAGUUUUUUUUUUUUCUAAAUAUAAUAAAAACUUAACUUGGCGUCAGCCUCAUACCUAA